AUGACUGAUAGAAAGGCUUGGAAUUAAAAAGUAUUUAAAAUUAAGAUAGCUUUAAAUUAGGAAGACAUGGCAAUUCUUUAAUUAGUGAAGUAGUAUGGAAUAAAGAAGUGGACUAUUGUUGCUGAAAAGAUGAAAGAAAUUUAUGGAUUAUUUGGAAGGUCUGGCAAAUAAUGUAGAGAACGUUAUCAUAAUCAUUUGGAUCCAGCAAUUAACAAAGAGCCUUGGAGUGAAAAUGAAGAAAGAGUAAUUUUUGUAGCACAUAAAGAACAUGGUAAUAAGUGGGUAUGAGAAAAUAAUUAAAUAAAUAUUUUUAGGCAGAAAUUGCGAAACUGUUACCAGGUCGAACUGAUAAUGCAAUUAAAAAUCAUUUUUACUCUACUUUAAGAAGAAGUCUAAGAAGAAUCAAUAAACUUAUUGGAGACAAGAACAGUAAUCCGCAUGAAUAUAUAUUUAGCAAAGAAAAGGGUACCCAACAGAUUAAGGAUAUUAAACCAGGAGUCUUAUCUAAAAUAUUUAUUCUUGCUGAAAAAAACCCAUCUGAACUUAAAGAUGAUCAUAUGAAAAAGUUAUGUUAAGCUUGUAAAGGAUUGUAAGACUCUAUAUUAGAAUUUGCUUAAUCUAAAUAAAAAUCCUAAAUUAAUUAAUUCAAUGAAGACAAGUUUAAAUAACUUAUUGAUAAAAUAAUGGAAUUCAAGUAUUAUUAUGAUAUUAAACUAAGUGCACUUUAUACUAAACAAAGAGAAAGCAGAUUAAAAUUAAAGAAAAAAAAUCAUAAGAAAAGAAAAAGUAGAAUUGAUGAUGAUGAUGAUGAUGAUGAUUAUACUAGUGAUUAUAAAUAUGAAGAAGCAAGUAAUUAUGUUCCCUUAAAGAGAUCUUCUAGACUCAAUGCCAGAAAGAAAGUGGUAUCAUGUUUUUAUUUAAUUUUAGCAUAUUGAUAAAGAGGACUAUAUUGAUAUAUGUAUUAGAACCAAAAAAGGACCAUUAUUUAAUAUCAUUAGAGAUGAAUUUGAAAUCUAAUAGGAUAAUGAAGAAGUAAAUCCUUUAUUAAUAUAUUAUCUAGUAAUAAUCUUCUAACAAUUAUAACUAAUAAUAUAUCUAUGAUUAUUAAGGAACAAAUAGUCCUAAUAAUAAUUAAAUGACACCAGCUUUUCCUGUGUUGACUCCUAGACAAAUAUUCUUUCAAAAACCUAUCAACUAAUAUUAAGAAGAAUAAGGUCUUUAAGAUGACAAUGUCUUGAGCAAAUCUAAUUUUGUUCCUAUAGUUAUAACAAAACCUUGUUCUUAAUGCAGAGAAAAAACAUUAGAUACUAUUGCUUAACAACUACAACAAAGAAUUAGUAUGAAUUAUAUCAAUUUUAGAUGCCAAUGCUGAUAAAUAUAUCUAUAAUUAAUAAGCUACUUAAGAUUCAGAUUUGGAAAUCAAUAUAGGAGAUCCAUUUGAAAGUUAAAAAGAUUAUAAAUCACCUACCAGUAAAUUUGGUAUUGGAGGCUAUAGUCCAAGUGCUUUUAGAAAAUAUAAAAAAGAUUAGGAAACUGGCUUAGUUAAUUUCAUGGUUACACCUCAUAAUUAUAAAUGA